GGCAGCGGAGGCAGGGCCAGGCCUCGCCGUGUACCGGAGCCAUGAGCCAGGGCGGGGGGGCCGGGGAGAGCGGCGAGCCCGAGGCCAAGGUGCUGCACACCAAGAGGCUUUACCGAGCAGUGGUGGAGGCCGUCCAUCGCCUAGAUCUCAUCCUCGGCAACAAGGCAGCCUAUCAGGAGGUGUUCAAGCCAGAGAACAUCAGCUUGAGGAACAAGCUGCGGGAGCUGUGUGUGAAGCUGAUGUUCUUGCACCCAGUGGAUUAUGGAAGGAAGGCAGAAGAGCUGCUCUGGAGGAAGGUUUACUAUGAAGUUAUCCAGCUCAUCAAAACCAAUAAGAAGCACAUUCACAGCCGUAGCACCCUGGAGUGUGCCUACAGGACCCAUUUAGUGGCGGGGAUAGGAUUCUACCAGCACCUUCUCCUCUACAUCCAGUCUCACUAUCAGCUGGAGCUGCAGUGCUGCAUCGACUGGACGCACGUAACAGACCCUCUCAUAGGCUGCAAGAAACCCGUGUCUGCAUCCGAGAAGGAGAUGGAAUGGGCGCAGAUGGCAUGUCACAGGUGCCUGGUGUAUCUGGGAGACCUGGCUCGCUACCAGAAUGAGCUGGCUGGUGUGGACACAGAGCUGCUGGCUGAGAGAUUUUACUACCAGGCCCUUUCUGUGGCCCCUCACAUUGGCAUGCCCUUUAACCAGCUGGGGACACUAGCAGGGAGCAAAUACUACAACGUGGAAGCUACCUAUUGUUACUUACGCUGCAUCCAGUCGGAAGUGUCCUUCGAGGGUGCCUAUGGGAACCUGAAGCGGCUCUAUGACAAAGCAGCCAAGAUGUACCAGCAGCUGCGGAAGUGUGAGAGCAGGAGGUUGUCUCCAAGCAAGAAGAGAGGCAAAGACAUUAAGAGGUUGCUGGUGAGCUUCAUGUACCUGCAGAGCCUUUUGCAGCCAAAGAGCAGCUCCCUGGAUUCGGAGCUGACGUCUCUGUGCCAGUCUGUGCUGGAGGAUUUCAACCUGUGCUUGUUUUACCUGCCCUCUCCUCCUCACCUGAGCUCAAGCAGUGAAGAGGAGGAAGAGUACGAGAGCGGUUACUCCUUCCUUCCGGAUCUGCUCAUCUUCCGCAUGGUCAUCAUCUGCCUCAUGAGCGUCCACAGCCUCAAGAGAGCAGGUUCCAAGCAGUACAGCGCGGCCAUUGCCUUCACCCUGGCCCUCUUCUCUCACCUCCUCAACCACGUCAACAUCCGCCUGCAGGCAGAGCUGGAGGAAGGGGAAAACCCGGUGCCAGCCUUCCAGAGCGACAGCCCAGAUGAGCAGGAGCCCCGGGAGCCCUUGCUUGAGAAGGAAAGCGAAGAGGCCCUGGGGGCUCCUCAAGCCAAGGAGGAGCAGAGGAAGAGUGAGGGCAAGAAGAGCAAGAAGUACUCACGUCUGUCAUGCCUGCGGCGCCGGCGGCACCCACAGCAGCCUGAUGAGAGUGACCUGAGCGAGGGCUUCGAGUCAGGCUCCAGCCAGGGCUCCGGCAAGGGCAGCGAGGGCUCGGAUAGUGCCUCGGAUAAGAGCGACGAGGAAGCAGAAGCUGCUUUUGAUGUGGAGACAGACUCAGAGAUGAACAGCCAGGAAUCGCGCUCCGACUUGGAGGAUAUGGAGGAGGAGGCAGGAGAAGAGGCCUCCAGCCAAGGCAAAAGUGGGCCCAAAGAGGCCUUAAAGAACGGUGUGGAUGACACUGGGCUGGGGGACUCCAAGAGCUCCAGCAUCUCCAAAGCUGAGGCUCCAGAGCCAGGCCUCAAUGGGCCAGCUUCACUGAGCACCAGUGAGAGCAGCAUCGCCAGCAACCUGCAGGCCAUGUCCACCCAACUGUUCCAGACCAAACGCUGCUUCCGCCUGGCUCCCACCUUCAGCAAUAUCCUGCUGAAACCCCCCCCUGAUCCCCCCCUCUUGAAGGAUGGCAUCGAAAGCAAAGCCUGUGUCAAUGGAGAUCUGGAGAAGUCUGGCUUAGCAGAGCAAGACGAUGUGUCUGACUCCGAGGAGAGCCUCUCCAGCAGCAAAUCCUGCAGGAAUGAGCGUUCCCUUCAGGAGAAGCUGCAGAUCAUGAGCAACGAAGGGCUGCUGCUCACUGUCAAGGUCUUCCUGGACUGGCUGAGGACUAACACAGACCUCAUCCUCAUGUGUGCUCAGAGCUCUCAGAGCCUGUGGAACAGGCUCUCCGUGCUCCUGAACCUCCUGCCUUCUGCUGCAGACCUGCAGGAAUCAGGCCUGGCCCUGUGCAAUGAAGUCAAGGACUUCCUGAGUGGUGCUGAGCUCCCAGACCCAAAAGCCAACUUGCUGCUGCCAGAAGAUGUUGCCCUCCGGAACCUUCCUCCCCUGAGGAGCGCUCACAAGAGGUUCAACUUCGAGCAGGACAGGCCCAUCUUUACCCCCCUCGAGGAGUGCAUCGUCCGCCUCUGCUGCAUUCGGAGCUUCGGGCACUUCAUCACCCAGCUGCAAGGCAGCAUCCUGCAGUUCAACCCCGAGCUUGGCAUCUUCAUCAGCACCGCCCAGGCCGAGCAGGAUAACCUCCUGCACCAGGCCCAGGCCCAGUUCCACAUGGCUGCGGAGGAGGCUCGGCGGAACCGGCUGAUGAGGGACAUGGCUCAGCUUCGACUGCAGCUGGAGGUGUCUCAGCUGGAGGGGAGCCUGCAGCAGCCCAAGGCACACUCAGCCAUGUCCCCUUACCUGGUCCCGGAUACCCAGGCCCUUUGCCAGCACUUGGCUCUCAUCAAGCACUUGGCCACCAGCGGCAGGUUCAUCAUCAUCAUCCCUCGGACAGUGAUUGAUGGCUUGGACUUCCUGAAGAAGGAGAAUGCCGGAGCUCGGGACAGCAUCCGCUACCUGGAGGCCGAGUUUAAAAAGGGGAACAGGUACAUUCGUUGCCAGAAGGAUGCUGGGAAGAGCUUGGAGAGGCACAAGCUGAAGAGGCAGGAUUUAGAUGCUUGGAAUCUCUAUAAAAUCCUGGACAGCUGCAAGCAGCUGACGGUGUCCCAAGGCAAUGGAGAGGACGAUGGCACAGGAAUGGUCACCAUCAUCACAGGCUUCCAGCUGGAGGACCCGAGCGUGUUCUCAGCACCCAUGCAGGCUGCCAUCCAGGCAGCCGCCAGCGCCAGUGUGGAGCUCAGGAACGUGCUGGACUUCUACAAGCAAUGGAAGGAGCUGGGCUGAGGCCGUGUGGGGCUUGGGCUGGUGUGAACCUGUCUCUGUGCCCCCCCCUUGGAACGUGCAGCGUCUGGACCAAGGCUCCCAACCUCCAGGCUUUGGACCCGAAGCAGCAGCAGCAGCAGCAGCAUCACCACCAUCAACCAAAUCUCUACCCCAAAGGAAGCCCCAAAGCCAAUGGGGGCUCCAGCCCCAAGCCAGGGUCUGAGCAGGCGGCUCCAAGCGAGAGCCAAGGAGAGCUCUGCCCUACUUCCCAAUGGGCAGGGAUGGGGCAGAGCUGGGCAGGCCUUGACCGCCCCCCCCCAACCUCAUCCCAGCUCCUCAAGCCUGGACUUGAGCUCCAAGCCCCCCAAGCAGCUUGGGAAAGGGGAUGCUGAGAGUGAUGGAGCCCCUGGGGCCAGGGAAGCAGAAAGUCCUUUUCCUUUCUUUUCCCUUCUUUCUCUUUUCCCUUUCCCCUUCUCCUUUCCCUUUCCCUUUCCUUCCAUCCCGCUCCUGCAGAUCCAUUCAUUUUCAAGGGCUUUUUCCCUUUUCAUCCUUAGGGUUUUGGUUUUUUUCCAAUGUAGAAAUGAGCUUAAAGCAACAGCCCCCUCAGAAUUCCUUUGGGAUCUGGCUCCUCUUCCCAUGGCAGAGAGCAAAGGAAAGGAUGAUGCUCUUUAAAAGCUCGCACUAGAAUAGUGUUGUCUUGGAAGCAGCAUAUUUAUUAUCCUUUCCCAGUGUCCCCCCCCCAGUGCGGGCUCAGUGCAAAGGGAUGCUUCCUGCAAGGAAAGGGAGCACAUCCUGGCUCUCCUCCCAGGCUGCAGGAGCACCGGGAGCUGGGCCAAGCUGCUUGUGAGAGGUGAAGAAGACUCCGCUCCUGCUUCCUCAAUCCCACCUCUUUGCUUCCAGUGCUAGGGAAUUGCAAUGGAGCUGCUGGAAGGGAGAAGAUCCGUGUGGGAUUUCAGCACCAUCUCGGAAGGAUCCCGAUGCCUCUUUGUGUCCGUUUUCCAUGGGGUUUUUCCCUUUGACACCCCUGCUGCUAGAAAGAGGGGGCAGAACUCGGGUGUCCCCCCCAGCUCCUCACAUCCCUCCAGGCAGGCAGAGGCAGACACGACCCCUUCGGUGUGUUCAGCAUCCCCAAGGGAAGGGCUUGGUGCUGCUGUGGGAUUGGAUGCUGGAAGAGCUCAUUCCCUGCAUGAAGGGACCUUGGAGACCUCCAUCCGGAUGGCAGCAUGAGCAGCCUGGCUCUCCCUUCCUGCCCCACCACCAUGCUUGGAGAUAAGGAAUGGGUGGCUCCCUCAUCCGGGUCAGUGUGAUCCAGAAGGAGAUGAUGCUCCAGAAGGAGAUGAUGCUCCAGAAGGAGAUGAUGCUCCAGAAGGAGAUGCCUCCUCCAUCCCCAUGGACUCAGCAGCUAUGCAAGUACCAAACCACUCCAUCUUCUCCAUCUCCUCCCAUGGGCCAGGCCUGAAGCUGCUACAGAAGGAAGGGGCCCUAAGGCCCCAAGUGACACUGGAGACUUCCCAGCAUGGACCAGGAUGUUCCUGGGGAUCAGGUAAAAGCCCCCAAACCAGCACAAAUCCCAGUGGAUUCCUUCAUUCCCAAUCCCUUUGCCGCAUGCAGCCUUGUAGCACAGCAGGAACCCUGCAAGCUCCAUCCCUUAAGGGGCUGAAGGGAGGCCCCAGAAGCAGGGUUUUGCUCCUCCUGAGCCUCGUGGUGCUUUUCUUAGGCUAAGCCAAGGACCCAGCACAAAAGAGCAGGAUCCGGCCUCCAGCUCCUCCUCUUGGAGUCCAAGCAGGGCUCCGGAGCUUCCCUUGCUCUUUGCUCCCAUGCUUUGGGUGAUGGGGCUGGUCCAGCGCUUCCCACCCUGCAGGGAUGGGGAUGCACAAAGGGAGCCACAUCCUUUGGGUCCAAAGCAGCAGUGUUGAGGUGGGGUUUGUGCUUCGUGGCUUGUAAAGCACCACUUUGGGCUAUGGGGAGGGCUCAGGGCACAGCUUAGGAGGGUGCUGAGGCCUCGCUCCCUUUGGUGCUGGUUGGACUUAGGGGCUCCAGGGCUGGGCCAAGCACCUCUCCCCUCUCCCAGCCUUGCCUGGGGGGCCUUGCACUGGGCUUGGUUCCUCCUUGAGCUCCCUGGGGCUUGCCUGGAGCCCAGGGGUGCUGAGCAAAGGGCAGGAUGUGUGCGCAGGGCAAAGGGGGAGCGUGGGGGCUGUCAGAGCAGGGGCCUGGCUGUGCCCCCCCCCACCCCCUCACCACCUUGGGUAGCUUAAUAAAGGCCAGGAUGUUUGUA